CAGCGGUGCGCAUGCGCAGUAGGUCUUGUGGUGGCCGGAACGCUGUCGUGGUCUGGAACCAGCAUGGCGGCCGAGCGGAAGACCAAGUUGUCCAAGAACUUGCUACGCAUGAAGGACUCAUGAACUCCGCUGACAUCAGCAGCUGUUAAGGAGUCAAAGUUGAUCCUGAUGGGAAGUAGAAAACAGGAUGUAGAUGGAAAGUUUACCAGUGGGACAGAUUGGCUGUAGAAAAGUUCAUGCAAAGAGGACUGGACUCAGAAACCAAGAAACAACUAGAAGAGGAAGAAAAGAAGAUCAUUAGUGAAGAACAUUGGUAUUUGGAUUUGCCCGAGCUUAAAGAGAAAGAGAGUUUCAUAAUAGAAGAGCAAAGCUUCUUGUUAUGUGAAGAUCUUCUCUAUGGAAGAAUGUCAUUCAGAGGAUUCAAUCCUGAAGUUGAGAAAUUAAUGCUUCAGAUGAAUGCGAAGAACAAAGCCGAGGAGGAAGAGGAAGACGAAACCGUGGAAGUUGAUGUGUCAGAUGAAGAAAUGGCUAGAAGAUACGAAACCUUGGUGGGGACAAUUGGAAAAAAGUUUGCCAAGAAGAGAGACCGUGCCAAUUAUGAGGAAGAUGAAAAUGGAAACAUGAAGCCUAUUAAAAUGAAGAAGAUGUUCUUAAAGCCCCAGGAUUAGAGUGAGCACCUUCAAAUACGGCUCCGGAGCCGUGAGAGGAGCGUGGUUUGGAGUCCCUCCUGAUGGUGCCUCUCUCGUUGCUAAUAAGUCACGUUGUUUGUAAAGAAAUGUACGGUUUGGGAAACAUGCUGUUUUUGAAACAGAUGUGUGGUAGAUGUUAUACAUCCUUUUCCUAGUGGCAUUUGUCAAGAGUAUAAUGCCAGCCCUUGACCUCAGUGACGGGGGGCCAGGGGCUGCUUACUAAAGAUUUGUGUUAAUGCGUACUUCUCCAGUCACUGACCUUCAGCUGGCUCCUAAAAUCAAUGCUAAUGUUGUGGUUGCCCUCAUGUUUAUAUUUUGCUUUAAUCGUGUCAGCCCAAUCCAUGCAUUCAUUUUGGAAUCAAUGCCAUGAGAAUUUAUUGUACGUUAACUGAUCAACAACAGACAUAACCUCUAGCCUGAAGCAUUUGUAUGCUGCCAGUUCACUGUCUGUGUUGGGUGGUGUUUUGUUGUUUAAGGCAUUUAAUUAAAGUUCUGUAAUAAACAUCUGUUUUCACGUUCUUUUUCUAUUAUGCUUUCAAGUAAUAAUUUUAGUUCAUUAAUACAAAUUCUACUCAAAUACUAAUUUCCUGAAACUACCCAUUAAAUUUAGAACAUAGUCUAUAGAAUAUAGAUAUACAUAUGUAGAAUACAAAAGUUAGAAUUAAGUUGAACCGUAAAAAAUUAGUGUCAAAAAGUUACCAGUUUCCACGCUGCAGCCUGAUAGAAUUUGCGCUGAGCAGAGCAUCUUCCACAUGAACCCUGUUAUAAAUAAAUCCAGCAGCCUCCAGGGUUGUGUCUGUCUGUCUGAAGAUGUGUACUGAGAACUUCUGAGAAUUAAUGAUUUUAUUUAAUUCUGUUCCCGGCAAAUAAAUGAAGUAGAUGCCUCCUC